AUGAGUGGUCCGUGUUGUGUCGAUCCUGGUGCCAAACAGAGUCAUUCGGCUCAAGGUCAUGAAGAGACAGUGGCGGGAUUCAAUACCUACAAGACGGGUCAAGGAAAUUCGGUCAUUGUUAUGUUUACUGAUGUCUUUGGCCACUCUUUUAUCAAUACACGCAAAGCUGCUGACACUUUUGCUCAAGCGACCGGAACAACAGUUCUUAUUCCUGAUUUUUUCAAAGAUGAUCCAAUGGAUCCAAAUGAGUCCAAUUUAUUUGACAAAUUGCCUGGAUGGCUAAAACAACAUCCUGUUGACGAAGUAUGUGCAUCAUCUGACAAAUUCAUCUCGACUAUCAAAGGACACUACGAUUCCAUUCAAGUGAUCGGUUUCUGUUACGGUGCUAAACCAGUCGUUCAUUUGAUCAGUCAAGCUGAAUUAACCUCAGUGGUGAAGGCAGCUGUGGUUGCUCAUCCUUCGUUUCUUGUCAGAGAAGAAGCUACUCAAAUCAAACGACCGAUUCUUUUUCUAUGUGCAGAGAAUGAUCAACUCUUCACGCCUGAUAUUCGAGAACAUUUCGAAAAAACUUUAGCUCCCACCGGUCUGGCAACAUUUAUCAAUUAUCCCGGUAUGUAUCAUGGCUUUGUCAUUCGACCAGAUGGUUCGGAACAGGCCGAUCAACAAAGAGACAAGGCCAUUCAAGAUGCCAUCAAAUAUUUCAAAAAGAAUGUUUAA